CGGAGGACCUGCACGGUCGACUAUCGAAGAAGUAUUACAUAAUAAAUAAAUAUAAAUAAAUAAACAAAAGUUAACAUUCGGCCCUCGCCGAACGACAGCUGAGAUAUGGAUUGGUUAAAAUUGUUCACUCUUCUUGUAGCUGUUGUUUUCACAUCAGUACAUGCAGAUGGACCUAAGAAAAAGAUUCGCAUACAUCUACCACAGAAAGUGAAGCAUAUACACCACCAUAAAAAGAUUUACAUUACGAACCACCCUGCAACCUCGCAAUAUGCUCCGGCGUACAUGUCUAGCGGCGAGAGCGCAGUGGCGGUACCCUCGAAUAUAUUGCCGGCUGUGGCCAAUAUUGUUCCUUAUAAUCCGGUGAAUCUCUACGACGAGACGCAACCGCGACUUCCUACCAACUCUCUAGGCGCGUCACAACUGCUGCCACUCUACCACGCUCGAGGAUACUACGGGCCACCACCUAAUGAGAUAGAAGAACUAGAUUACGACACGGCCGCUGACCCGGUGGAAUACGGUCCCUCUCUGUACGCGUCACCCGCAGCGGCUCAUUCUAGUCAUCCUCCAAAGAGAUUAAAAAUCAUUAAAUUAAAUGAACCGCCUCAUAAAAAAGUUAUAAGAAAAGGUAAACCUAAAAGAGUGAUUCUACGUAACAAACCUCAACCACACCCCAUUGAAGGGGAACUUCCUGUAACAUCUUUUCACGAACAGUUCUAUUCGGACGUUGAUGCCUCCGGUACAUUAAGAAAAGUUAAAAAACCACCGCGCAUCGAAAAAAUUGUCGACGGAGAUACAGAACAUAUACACCACUACAGCGAGGAACAUAUACAUAAGGUAAUUUACGACCAAGGAGCUAAACUGGCUGGCGUUGUUGGGAUGGACCCACUCGCUGGAAUGUCAGCAAUAGCAACACCACAACAUUUAAUUCCACUUAAAAGCGCUCCUACCUUAGUAGCCUUACCACCUCAUUCGUAUGCUGGGCUUGCAGUAGCCAACCCGAACAACUUUGAAUAUGCGGCGUACAAUCCACGUGAUAUUGUUACGCAUGACCACAUUUUCCACGACCAUGGUGAAAUUCCCGCUGAUCUUGAAUUAAACAAAGAGACUCUGGCGUUGCCCCCAAAAGUUUCUUAUAAUAGUCAAGGUUUAAGAAUCAGUGGCACUCAGAAAAAAUACAAAAACAAAAAUUCACAGAAAAUAAAAAAACUUCCAAAACCAGUGCCGACAGACUUUUCUUACUAUGAAAGUAUAUAUUCAUCUAAUAGCAGACCGAGAAAAGUUCCAAGGCCUACUUUACCGACAUUUGAUACCGCAGGUGAAGUACUCGGCGAUGAGUAUCGUCCUAUUCCAAAUUUUGGAUACAGAGACAUUAACAAAAAACCUCGUAAUCAGAUAACUUCUUACUUUGGCAAUUCUAACGAUUUCCGCCCAGAACAAGCCAGUGUGCCGACCCCUUUUGAGAUAUCGAAUACGGUCUUACACGAAUAUAAACCAAAAAGAUAUCAAGGGGCAGGGUCUUCACCUGAAAGCUUAAAUAAGUUCCGAGAUCCUUUUGCAAAUUUUAAAGACACUUAUGCAAAUAAUUUCGAGUACGAUACUUACGCAUCAUCAUCAAAUGUUUAUAGAUCUGAAGACAAAAAUGACUCAGGAUAUGAUCAUCACGGAAGAAAUGGAAGAAAGAAAUCGAUUUCAACCCAGAAUAUAAGCUUUGGAGGACAGGAUCAAAUAACAUGGAAUGUGGAUCAUACGGCGGAUGGUGGUAACAUAGAUGACGAUAAUGUCCCCACCGCACUGGAUAUAGAUCAAUUUGAUCAAGAACAAAUUAACAAUUCAGGAGGCCCGAAAAAUCCAUCAGAAGUUGAGCAAUUUUUUUCAUUAUUGGCAGCGAGAAACAUGAAUGGUGACCAAAUUACUAUGCCUGACUCAUCCAACAAUAACUAUCAAUACGCCGAUGCGCCAACGGCCCCAACGACUACCAUCUCUAACUAUUUUAACACAGAAACUACCACAACUGAACCUCCUAAGACUAAAGAUGCAAGAAAAAGUCGUAGAUAUAGGGACGCCGAACCAAAAGACAAAGAGCGCUUGGCAUCAGGAAGGGAUAAUCGAAGUAGAUCUCCACAAAAUCAAAGUUCUAGUCGUUCUCAUGAACAAGAUAACACAGUAGGAAAACUAAAAUAUGGUGAUAAAAUUUGAACAAUCUAUAGAGUCUAGGAUAGUUGCUAUUGUAAAUAAAAGUGAACUGAGGUCAGUUCAGCGUCAGUGAUAAAUAAUUUAACACUCUAAAAUCCCACGCGGUGAAAUAAUUUAUUAUUUAUAAAAAUAAACGGAUUCAAGUUUUUAAAAUAUGUAAAUAGACCAAUGAUGAAUAAUCAUGCAUUUUAUUCGAAUUCUAAGCCUUUGUAAGGUUUAAAAU